CAGUGACGGCGCGUGACGACCCGACCGGUGCAUCGGCGCGAAGCGGCUCGCACUGCCAGUGGUUGACCCCAGGUCACCAGAGUCGUCGCCAUGGGUCAAAUGGUGUCACUGUCCGACUUUGACUGGCAGCUGGACAGCGCCGAGCCCCACUCUGUCCGCCGCAAGGAGAUCCUCAAAAAACACCCCGAGAUCAAAAGCCUGAUGGCGCGAACCGACUACAAAAUGGUGAUCAUGACGUACGUCUGCGUCAUCGCCCAGCUGAUGACGUCAUACAUGGUGCGGGACGCCCGAUGGCUGCACGUGGUUCUGCUGGCCUACACCUUCGGAGGCUGCAUGACACAUCUGCUCUGGUCCAUUGUGCACGAGGCCUCCCACAGCACGCUGUUUGGCCACAGCAGGCCAAUGGCCAACGUGCUGACGGCUAUGGUGGCCAACACACCGGUUGGCUUCCCCAUGGCCGUCACCUUCAAGCGGUACCACAUGCUUCAUCACAGAUAUCAGGGUGACGGUCGCUACGACGUUGACCUGCCGACAUACUUCGAGGCCAAGCUCUUCUCCACCACCCUGGGGAAGAUCGCCUUCUGCAUCCUGCAGCCCGUCUGCUACUACGUGCGACCGCUCUUCAUGCUGCCCAUGGUGCCGACGCUGCUGGAGGUGGUCAACGUCGCCCAGAUCCUCGCUGUUAACUGGGCGGUGGCCCACUACUGGGGUGCCAAGGCGUUCUUCUACCUGCUGGGCGGGUCGCUGAUGACACUGGGCUUCCACCCGCUGGGCGCGCACUUUAUCGCUGACCAUUACCUCUACGAGAAAGAGAGCGAGACCUACUCCUACUACGGCUGGCUCAACUGGUUCGUCUUCAACGGAGGCUACCACAACGAGCACCACGACUUCCCCUCGGUGCCCGGCGCCUACCUGCCGGACGUGAAGAAGAUGGCUCCCGAGUUCUACACGAAGUUCACCCACGAGAGCUGGUGGACAGCCAUGAUCCGGUUCAUCAAGGACAAGGACAUGGGCAUGUACGCCCGCCGCGUGCGAGAGAUCCCCAACGCCCGCGCCUCCAACACCAAGGACUCGUAAACCGGCGUCAGGAGCGGUCUGCCACCAGCCCAGGCGAUCCUGCGCCAGUGCUGAACCAUCCGGGUUCCGGCCCAUGUAACACGAGGGAGUCCGGGAAACUGAAUGUCUUUGUCCGCAUGUUACGUCAUAGUGCCGCUGACAUGGCACUGGCAGGUUCUCAGUUCACCUCGCCAACAACGGCAUGUCCGAGCGCUUGACGGGCAGGAGAGGUGAUGCUCCCAGUGUUGUCGAAGUUGCCGAAGACCGCAGGACGGAAAUAUAUAGACGUCGCCGAGCGACUUCUGA